AUACAUAAACAUACAGCGGUAGCUAGGUGUGGGCAGAUAUGGCUUCUGACAAACUCAUAAGAACCAGAAUAAAUAAAUAAAAAGACAACAAAUAGACGCUGAAUCACAAGAAAGCGGAGCCCUUGUCAUUUGUGUUUCAUAGUCAAAACAUUAAAACAGAUGACGCCAUUAACAAGAAAAGCAGCGAGUAUGAGGUUCAUGUUGAAGGUUUUUGCAGUUCUAGAAUUAGUGCUUCUGAUAGUCCACCGUGGUGCUCAUGCCUUUAGCAGAGACCAGUUCCCUCGUGACUUCGUGUUUGGUGCAUCAACCUCGGCUUACCAGGUUGAAGGUGCAGCAAAUGAAGAUGGCAGGAAGCCAAGCAUAUGGGACACCUUCUCUCAUGCUGGAAAUGCGAAUUUUUUUGCUGGUGAUGGAGAUGUUGCAUGUGAUCAUCAUCACAAAUAUAAGGAGGAAGAUGUUAAGCUCAUGGCCGACAUGGGCUUAGAAGGAUACAGAUUUUCCAUAUCAUGGUCAAGGCUUAUUCUAGAUGGAAGAGGACAAGUGAAUCCCAAGGGACUACAGUUUUACAACAACCUUAUUGAUGAAUUGAUCGGCGAUGGAAUAGAAGCACAUGUUACAUUACACCAUUGGGACCUGCCACAAGCACUUGAGGAUGAAUAUGGAGGAUGGGUUAGUCGAAGAAUUGUGAAAGACUUCACAAAAUAUGCAGAAGUGUGCUUUAGAGAAUUUGGAGACAGAGUUAAGUAUUGGACUACUGUGAAUGAGGUCAAUAUAAUUAUACUAAUGGGCUAUGAUGUAGGAUUGGGACCACCUCAGAGGUGUUCUCCUAACCUUAUAAUGAAGUGUUCCAGAGGAAAUUCCUCAACGGAGCCAUAUUUGGCUGCCCAUCAUAUGUUGUUAGCACAUGCUUCAGCUGCUAGGGUAUAUAAGAAGAAAUACCAGGGCAUGCAGCAUGGCUUAAUUGGGUUUAGUCACCUUCUUCCUGGUUUUCUUCCUCAAACAAAUUCUACUGAAGAUUUAAUGGCCGUUCAAAAGGUCCAAGACUUCUUCAUUGGGUGGUUUAUGAAUCCCUUUAUAUUUGGAGAUUACCCGGAUAUAAUGAAAAAGAAUGCUGGCUCAAGGCUUCCUUCCUUCACUCAACAGGAAUCAAAUCUAGUGAGGGGCUCACUCGAUUUCAUUGGAAUAAACUUUUACUACACUCUUUAUGUUAAGGACAGUCCAGACAACCUGAAGAAGGAGAACAGGGAUUACCUAGCAGAUGUAUCAGCAAAAUUUCAAGUAUAUCAUCCAAAUGAUAGAACUAAAUAUAAGGUGCCAAUUACUCCCAAUAUUCUCCUAAGGAUGUUGCACUCACUAAGGAACGCUUAUGGCAAUAUACCAAUAUUCAUACAGGAAAAUGGCCAAGAAACACCUCAUAAUUCAUCAUUAGAUGACUGGUCGAGGGUGAAUUACUUGCAUGCAUACAUAGGGAGCAUGAUUGAUGCACUCAGGAGUGGAUUAAACGUAAAGGGUUAUUUUGUAUGGUCCUUCAUGGAUUUAUUCGAAAUAAGGAUCAAAACUUUGUUUUCAGAACUCAGACAAUGUUUGCGAAACCCAUAACUUCCGGAGGCUGCCAAGGUGCUUGCAGCAACGAUGACUUCUGAUCGCAUUUCUAAAGACCGCGGAUGAGGACGAAGAAGAUGAGGUACUUGAGUAAAUUUUCGUAUACUUUACCUACAAAGAGAAAAGCAAAACCAAUAACUAAAUUGUUUCUAGGAUCAAACUUUGACAUGAAAGACAUGGGUGAAACCAAUGUGAUUUUAGGUAUUAGAAUCAUAAGGAAGGGAGAUAGUAUAUUACUAUCUCAAGAAUAAUAUAUUGAGAAACUUCUUAAGAAGUUUGAGUUUUAUGACUUAAAACUAGUGAGUACCCUUUAUGAUGCUAAUUCUAAAUUAAUGAAAAAUAAAGGAGAAUCAUUAUCUCAGCCUCAGUAUGCCCAGAUAAUUGGGAGCUUACUGCACUUGAUGAGCUUUUCUAGACCUGAUAUUGCUUAUGCAGUAGGUAGACUGAGUAGGUACACUCAAUGUCCAAAUCAGGAACAUUGAGAUGCACUUGCUAGGCUUAUGAGAUACUUAAGAGGUUCAAUGGAUUAUGCCAUUGAAUAUAGUGGAUUUCCUGCUGUACUAGAAGGGUACAGUGAUGCUAAUUGGACCUCUGAUUCAGAUGAAACAAAAUCCACUAGUGGUUAUGUAUUCACACUUGAGGGUGGUGCGAUUACAUGGAGAUCAGUCAGGCAAACAAUUAUUGCAAGAUCAACCAUGGAAUCUGAGUUUGUUGCUCUUGAGAUGGCUGAUAAUGAGGCUGAGUGGUUGAAAAACUUCUUAGUGAACAUUCCACUAGGAAUGAAACCAACCCCAUCGGUAUCAAUACACUGUGAUUGCCAAUCGGCAAUAGCUAUAGCUAAAAACAAGAAUUACAAUGGAAAGAAUAGAGACACAAUUUCGUGAAGCAGCUGCUAAAGAGUGGAACUAUUUCCAUUGACUAUGUGAAGUCAGAACGGAAUCUAGCAGAUCCUCUGACAAAACCCUAGGAAGACAAAUGAUAAUUAGAAACAUCGAGGGGAAUGAGACUUAAGCCACUGGCAAACAAACAAGUGAUGGUAACCCAACCUUUGUGAUUGGAGAUCCCAUGAAUAAGGUUCAUAUGGGUAAAAACAAGUCACUUGUUAGUUCUGAUAGCACUAAAUUGAUUUUAAUCAAUUAUGUCCCUUCCUAUGGUGUGUGUGAAAGUGCUAGAGACUACAAUAUUGAGAGGUUAAACUUUGUCGUUAAAAAUCUAUGUGGUGAAAGAAUUUUAGCUUAAACAAAGUUUUUAAUGAUUUUUCAUAUCCCUUACGGUUGAUGUAUGAUUUGCAACAUACACUUGAUGAAAUCACCUAUAUGAGUGUCGAGUGGGGCCGCUUGCAUGAGAUCUUGGCAUGAUCUCUAGAGCACUCAUGAAUACCGGGCACGCGCAUGACCUAUUAAGCGCAACACAACGAUAACAGCAAGGAUUGUGGGGGUGUAUUGUGAUUGAUAAACCUCUAACACACGUCAAGUGUCUUUGGUUCAUAUAACUUGCUAUACCAACUACAUUGUGUGUUAAGUAUUUCAAUCUAAGACUGGUUCAUAUAGCUUGCUAUACCAAGUCUGAUGCAUUACAUCCUAUGAGACCCAGAAUAAAAGUUUCUUAUCUUUUUCUUUUGCAAUAAGUGGGGGAUUGUUGUAAUAAUGUUAGAUUAUUGCAAAUUGCAAUGUUCAAAACUUUAAUUGCCAAUAACGUUUAAAUUCAUUUUAUUAAGUGCCCCAACGGUAAAAUAUUUAAUGACUUUUAUUGUCUUUUAUUGAUUUAUUCUUUCCUAACUCUAUAAAUAGAGAGCUUUUCCCCCAUUCCAAAAACAUUCCAAGUCAGUCUUCUCUCCUUUUUUUUUCUUCUUUUCCUCUUCUAAAAUUAUUCUGGGUUUAUUUUAUACUCUCUUUUUAGAGAUCUUUACUACUUUUGAGAUCCUCAGAGAUAUUCUAGGAUGUAUCCUGAGAGACUUGCGCAAUACACCGUGGAUAAGUCCUUAAGGACAAUGAAUCUACACGCCUCAUGAAAUAUUGUUCGAUGUCAGCUUUUAUAUAACAAAUGGUACUCAAAUUUUCUGAAAGGGAAGCCUUCCAUGGACUCAAAGAUCACCAAUGAAACUCAGAACAAUGCAAGUGUGCUUUCACACAUUCCCUCAGUGCAUAGUGCUACAUGAACUAAUCAGAGCAAGUUUAAAAUUCAGAGCGAAUAAUAAAAGGUUUAUGAGGUAAAAUGAUAAUAUGUAAUGACUAAAUAAUUUUUAUUAGUUUUCAUUUUUCCAUUAAUGACUGAUAUUGGACUAUUUGUUUUAAGGACUUAAUGUAAAAUAGGGCUCUUUAUUCUGCUUUAAUUUAUCUUUGAAAUAUUAUUUUAUUUUUCUUUUGUUUUCGCAAUUUAUAUUUUAUGUCAUAAUAAAGAGUUUGCAUUUAUAAUUCUAAUAAUUAACAAGGAUACGUACAUUACAGUUAGUUAUGUAAUAUACUAAGGUGGGACAUGUGACAUGUAUUAUAUUUAUAUUAUUUAUAUUUUAAGUUUUUAAAAUCUCAAGUUUUUUUUUAUGACGUAGAAUUUUAUGCAAAACUCAAACUCUUCACUUUCAGUCUAGGCAAGUCUUCACUAUCACCAUAUUCAAAUGUAACAUGUUAUUUAGUGGCAAUUUAAACCGUCAU